CAGCCAGCUGGAUUUCCUGCUUUUUUCCUUCCUGCAUGAAAUUGAUGGUAGCAGCAUUCAAAAUUCUGUGUCUUGACCUAGAAGACGGAAGGUUCCCACUUGAGGCUGAUUCCAGAAGCCAUCAUCUGACAACAAGAUAAGCUGAAUGGAAAAUUCAACAGAAAGCUAUUUGCUCCUUGCCUUCUAUACCAUGAUCUUUCUAAUCGGUCUCCCUGCCAAUCUCGUGGCUCUCAGGGCUUUUGUCCGAAGAGUAAAGCAGCCUCACCCUGCUCCGAUUCACAUCCUCCUGCUCAGUCUCACAUUGGCAGACCUUCUGCUGCUCUUGCUGCUACCUUUCAAGAUCUUUGAGGCUGCCAACAACUUCUACUGGCCCCUGGGUAAGGAGGCCUGUGCCCUGACCGGCUUUGGCUUCUACAGCAGCAUCUACUGCAGCACAUGGCUUCUGGCCGCCAUCAGCAUCGAGCGCUACCUGGGGGUGGCCUUCCCUGUCCAAUACAAGCUCUCCCGGAAGCCCAUAUAUGGACUAGCUGCCGCUUUGGUGGCCUGGAUCCUGUCCUUUGGACAUUGCAGCAUUGUCAUUGUGGUGGAGUACAUAGGAUCGGAAAAUACAACGAAUAGUAGCAAGCCAACCUCGGAAUGCUAUGAUAAUUUCACUCCCAAUCAGCUGGAAUGGGUUCUCCCGUUCCGCCUGGAGCUGGUUCUGGUUCUCUUCCUGCUGCCCAUGGCAGUAACCAUCUUCUGUUACUGGCGCUUUGUGUGUCUCAUGGUUGGCCAGCCACAGGUCGGGGCCCAGCGACAACGAGCUAUGGGCUUAGCAAUUGUGACUCUCCUCAAUUUCCUGGUCUGCUUCGGACCUUACAACGUCUCCCAUGUGGUAGGAUAUUUUAAAGGCACACCCCCCAACUGGCGAAAGUAUGCUGUGAUGUUCAGUGCCCUCAAUGCCGGCCUUGAUCCCCUCCUUUUCUACUUCUCUUCUUCGGCUGUUCGCAGGUCCUUUGGAAAUGGACUGAAGGCACUGCACAAGCAAGGGACCUCCCUUCUGGGUCACUGUGGUAGAGACACUUCUAAGACGGACACAGGGGACACUGGUUUGAGCAAAGGGGAUGUGGCAGCAAGUUCUGACUUUACCACAGAGUAGGUAAUUAAUCAUUCCUGGUGUUUGGGCCAAGGUAGGACAGGUUAGGGAAGGUAGAGCACAAAAAAUAUUCAAUUUUGCCAUGGUCUCAGGAAUCCUUGUAUUAUAAUCUAACCAUGGGCUCAAACAUGGGGAGCCACAGACAUGGAGGAGUGUUUCUUUUUGAAGAAAUCUUUCAGCAGCAUGUUCUCUCUCUCUCUCUCUCUGAUGUAAUAGGGAUUAAGUGACCUGCCUGGAGUCACACAAUUAUUAAGUGUCAAGUGUUUGAGACCAAAUUUGAAUUGGGAUCCUCCUGACUCCCAGGCUAGUGCUCUAUUCACUGCACCACUCAGUUAUCCUCAUCAGAGAUAGUUUAAACUUUUUGACUGAAUUUCCUUUUGAAGAGGAACAAACAUGGCUCUAAUAACACAAACAAAAAAUGGAAAGGAGGAUAAUUGACCUUUACACAAGUAUGAAUAUAUAAAAGUUUUGAUAUUUGGAUCAGGAGCUUCCUCCUGAUGCAGACCCCACCCAUUUUUGGCUUCCAACAGUCUUAGGGAGGCAUUCGAGGCAUCAGGACUCUCUCAGGUUACACAGUUUUAGGCUGGGAUUUAACCUUCUCCUUUCUGACCCCAAAUCCAGGGCUUUCUCCAUAAUAUUAGGCUGCUGUAUGGAGUUUAAAUGGCCCCAAGUUAGCCCAGCUGGAUUGCAGGAUGUUAGUACAUGAACUGGGGCCCGGCCCGGAGCUGAGCAAGUUUUGGGCAUUGGGUGCUUCAGAACCCAAUGCUGCCAGAGGCUUAGGAGUAUUAGGCAUAGUAAGGGCUAUAAAAGAGCCAAGAGGAAGGUGUCAAAGGACAUGGAACACUGGAAAAGACAGAUAAGAAAGGCUCCCUGAAGGAGAAAGAAAGAUGGAAAACAGCACCAUUAACAAAAUGAGGUUGUAUGUUAUUUAGUCAUUCCACAGUAUGUACUAUGUCUGUCCUAUUAAACUGGAAACUUCCUAAAGGUGA